AUGCAAGCCAUCUUGCCAAUAUUCAUGCAAUCCCUCAUUGCUGAUGCCUCGCUGAUGGCCUCUUGCAGCAAGCGCAUGCCGACAUAUGACCUCGCCAGAGUGCGCGAUGCAAGUUCGUCUGGUCCUGCCGAGCUGGACAACAUGAUCAUCAAAUCCUUUGCCAUCCACGGCGAUACCGGGUCGUAG